CCUCGCUGCCCAGUUGCUUUAUAUGGGGUGCCACGCCAGUGCGGCUAACCUACCGGCUGUACUUGCAGCAGCAGCAGCAGCCGCCGCCGCGCCGCCGUCGUAGCUCCUCCACUUUACCUCGUCCACACCGUUAUAGACGCCGGCAGGGACGUGGCGUAGUAGCGAUGGAAGGGAACGGCGGCGGAGGCGGCAGUGGGAGCGGGAGCGCGGCGCCGCCCUGGGAUCUCGGCGUGCACUGGGCGCCCGCCGCCUCGCCCUACCCGCCGCAGCCGCCCUUCGUGCCGCGCCCGAGCGGCGGGGCCACCAGCCACUACCACCAGCAGGAGCUGACCUGCCUCAAGCUGGGGAAGCGGCCGUGCUGCUGGGCCGGGGCGGCCGGGGGCAGCCAAGUGUCGCUGCAGGGCGGUGCGGGGCUGGUCCACGGCAACGGCUCCGCCGCCGGCGCCGGUGGCGCGAGCGGGGCGGCGGCGGCUGAGGGCAGGAGGAAGGAGAAGCAGGCGGCGGCGGGGGCCUCGGGCGCGGCGGCCGUGGCGAGGUGCCAGGUGGAGGGGUGCCACAUGGAGCUUGCGGGCGCGAAGGAGUACCACCGGCGGCACAAGGUGUGCGAGGCGCACUCCAAGGCGCCCCGGGUCGUCGUGCUCGGCGCCGAGCAGCGCUUCUGCCAGCAGUGCAGCCGGUUCCACGCGAUCUCGGAGUUCGACGACGCGAAGCGGAGCUGCCGGCGGCGGCUGGCCGGGCACAACGAGCGGCGGCGGAAGAGCAACGCCAGCGAGGCCAUGGCCAGGAGCGCCGCGCACCCACACGGAAUGGCGCCGUUCGGGCACGGCUUCCUGCCGCCGCCGUGCGGCCUCCCGGCGUCCCCGGCUGGUGCUCUCUCUCUUCUGUCAUCGGCCAGAGGCGCCCCCUGGCUGGUCCCGGCGGCGCCCGACAUCUCCGCCCGCUCCAGCGCCGCGCUCGACGAGCUCAUCGCCGAGAACCGCGCCGCGCUCCUCGCGUGGCAGUUCUUCUCCUCCUCCGACCGCCCGGCGCCCGGCCGGCAUCUCGCCCCUCCGUCGUCGUCGGUGGGCCGCGCCCUGACUCCCGCCGAGCAGGCGGCCGGCUGGCACCACCCCCACGACGGCGCUGGCGCUGGCGGCGGCGGCCGGUACUACCACGAGGCAGCGGCCAGCUCGGGGCACACGACGCUGGACCUCAUGCAGACGGCAGCAGCAGCCACUACAGUGGCCUCCGCUGGCGCGCCACCGUUCCGGCCCGUGCCGGAGCGGGCGGCGGCCGCGAGGCCUCCCAGGGCCAAGGACGGCGACGCGGCCGGCUGCAGCUCGGACGCGUGGGCGCCCGCGGGUGGUGGAGGUGGAGCCCGCGCGCUGUGACCGUCCCCGCCGGCCGACAUGCACGCGCGCGCGUCCGUGCAAUCAGCUUGAGGUGAUCGCGUCUCGUCGUGUAGUGGCAGGUGGUGCGGGGCGGUCGGCGUGCGUGGCUCCAUGUUCCCCAAGGGACGUGC